CUUGCCUUUGACAGUGAGCUUCGCUAGCUGUCGCGCACUGUAAGUCUCCAGUCAGUCAAAGUACUUAGCUAGCCGGUGAUUUGACUUAGCACGAGUCUUCACCUCAGGGACAGUUAGCUUCAGCAAGGCGACUCGCGCUAACCGCUGUACUGUCUGUCAGCCGACAAAAAAAGGGACGAGACAAAGAUGUCUAAAGACACGGAAAGCAAGAGCGAGAAAAUUAUGGAUAUGGAGAGCAAGGUGUUGUGGUACCCGGACUCAAAGAGGAACACACUGAUGGACAAGUUUAGGAUACAGGUCAACGGGGAAUACGGACUUAAUCUGGCCAACUACAAUGACCUGUACCAGUGGUCGGUGGACAGCUACCCAGAUUUCUGGGCACAAGUGUGGCGCUUCUGUGGAGUCGUCGGCUCCAAACCGUAUGAGGAGGUGGUGGAUGUAUCCAAGCGGAUCUCGGAUGUUCCAGAGUGGUUUAAAGGAGCGCGGCUCAACUACGCUGAGAACUUGCUGAAACAUGCAGACCAGGAUAAAGUAGCUCUCUAUGCUGCAACGGAGGCAAAUGAUGAGAUUGUGAAAGUGACGUUUGGGGAGCUGAGGCGCGAUGUGGCGUUGUUUGCUGCAGCCAUGAGGAAGAUGGGCGUCCAGACUGGAGACAGGGUCGUAGGCUACCUGCCUAAUGGUAUCCAUGCAGUGGAAGCCAUGUUGGCAGCAGCCAGCAUCGGAGCCAUUUGGAGCUCCACAUCUGUCGACUUUGGAGUCAAUGGAGUCCUUGACAGAUUUUCUCAAAUCCAGCCCAAGCUGAUCUUUUCUGUUGCAGCUGUGGUUUACAACGGCAAAACACAUGACCACAUGGAAAAGCUGACCAGUGUCGUCAAAGGUCUGCCUGACCUGAAGAAAAUAGUGGUGAUUCCCUACGCUCGCUCCAAACAUGAGACUGACCUCUCCAAGAUCCCCAACAGUGUAUUUAUAGAUGAUUUCUUGUCAUCUGGUCGUGGUGAGGGCGACCAGUUUCCUCAGCUGGAGUUCGAGCAGCUUCCAUUUAAUCAUCCUUUGUUCAUCAUGUACUCUUCUGGCACCACAGGAGCUCCUAAAUGUAUGGUCCACUCUGCUGGGGGCACGCUCAUCCAACACUUGAAAGAACACAUUCUUCAUGGCAAUAUGAACAGCAGUGAUGUCAUCAUUUACUACACCACGACCGGCUGGAUGAUGUGGAACUGGCUGGUGUCUGCUCUGGCAGUGGGAGCUUCAGUGGUUUUAUAUGACGGUUCACCACUAAUGCCCACACCCAACGUACUGUGGAACCUGACAGACCAGCUGGGCAUCACUAUCUUUGGUACCGGGGCCAAGUGGCUGUCUGUGCUGCAGGAGAGGAACCUGAAACCCGCGGAAACACAUAACCUCCAGUCUCUCCACACCAUCCUGUCGACUGGAUCCCCUCUCAAACCUCAGAGUUACGACUAUGUCUACCGCUGCAUCAAGAGCAACGUGCUGCUGGGCUCCAUCUCAGGCGGCACUGACAUAGUGUCAUGUUUCAUGGGUCAGAAUCCAACAGUUCCAGUGUACCGGGGCGAGAUCCAAACAAGAAACCUCGGCAUCGCUGUGGAAGCCUGGAGCCUUGAAGGUAAGCCUGUAUGGGGAGAGAGCGGGGAGCUUGUCUGCUUGAAACCGAUCCCCUGCCAGCCUACACACUUCUGGAAUGACGAGAACGGAAGCAAAUACCACAAAGCGUACUUUUCUACAUAUCCUGGGGUGUGGGCCCAUGGAGACUACUGUAAAAUCAACCCAAAGACAGGAGGCAUUGUCAUGCUGGGCAGAAGUGACGGUACACUGAACCCCAACGGAGUCCGAUUUGGCAGCUCAGAGAUCUAUAACAUCGUGGAGGCGUUCGAGGAAGUCACAGACAGUCUCUGCGUUCCUCAGUACAACGCCGACGGAGAAGAGAGGGUUAUUCUGUUCUUGAAGAUGGCACCUGGGAAGCCCUUCUGCCCCGAGUUGGUGGCAAAGAUCAAAGGAGCCAUCAGAAAAGCUCUGUCUGCCCGUCACGUCCCUGCUCUGCUGCUGGAGACCAGAGACAUUCCUUACACCAUCAGCGGUAAGAAGGUGGAGGUGGCUGUGAAGCAGGUGGUCGCCGGCAGGGAGGUGGCGCAGAGAGGAGCGUUCUCCAACCCCGAUUCACUGGACCUCUACAAGAACAUUCCUGAAUUGCAGAACUAUUAAGAGACGAGGCUUCACUGAGACAGAGAAAGGACCACCUGACAAGAAUUCAGCUUAGUUUGUAAAGUAACUGGAACAGGGAGAUAUCCAAAGUGCACUGCAGAGGUAGUUUACAAUGUCACAUUGAGCUUUGUACAGGACAUAAAAAGGGAAAAAUGUGAAUAUCAACAUAAUACAAAACUAAACAAAUAAUAUGUAGAUAUAACAAUACGUGUGGUGGACUUUAGAAACAUGAGGCGUGCUGCUUCAUUGGCUCGCUUUCAAUCAAGUGAUCAAGCAGCUGCUCUUUGUCUACCGUGUCGUGCAAGUAAAUGUUGAACUGGAUUCAGCUUCGGAUAUAAUGUGACGUGCACAGCAGCGCUUGUGAAUAAGCUCAUGCUCUGAAGCCACCGGUAACGGAGAAGUGUCAUUUUCUUCGGCUUCACUUUCUCAUUGCUAUCAGCUCGCGAAGAGCCGUCUCUCUCUGUGUCGCCUGCUUUAACCCCCGUGUUGGUUACGAGUGCGUCCCAGACUGAUAAAAUCCAUGCAAGUGUGCAGAUAAACACAAGCAAACACCUGAGAUAUCACCAUACCGUCGUCAUGUGGUACGAAUUGCUUUAUCAAAUGUGUAUAUACAUGAAUAUAUAUUUUUUGGACUGUGAAAUUAACAUUAUAAUUAUGCAUUUGAAGAUAGUGACCCAAACCUUGUUAACCAAAGUGAGAUUUAGAGGGUUUUAACAUGUCAGGAGUUUCAGUUUGAAUAAAUGAAUCCGAGAUUCCAGAUAAAAACAAAACUUACUGAACUUUUCCCAACUUAAAAAGUUAUUGAUCUCCUGUGUAUUACAUGUUUAAUUCCUAACAAUAAUUUGACUUUGUAACAUUGACUCUUUUUCAUUCCGCCCAAAACAUGAAGACAUGAGUUGAUAAAGCUCUCUAUACGUUUCUUUUUUUAGUCACAUUGGCUCUCAUUUAUCAAACCAAUAAUUCAGUCAAGGUCAAGUGUGGUCGGGUUCAUUUCACCACAAAAGCCUCUUUUUAUUAGUUACAUGUUUGUCAUAACUAAGCCUGUUUUUGCUUUGUACAUGGGAAACCUGAGUUAUUAAUUCAACAUUUCCUCAGGCUGUGUGGCAAAGCCUAAAGGCUAAUUCAUGCUAUUAAAGAUGAACUGCAGCAGGUUUGGUCAAUAGUAGCACUACUGAGCUGCGUGGGUGUACAAUAACAAACAACACUUCCUGUCAGGAGCUAAAAGAGCUGACCAGAAUGUAAAUUGUGUAACAAUUACAAAUAUAAAGGCCAGGGAGGCAUUUGAUCUUAAACCGGGGGAAAGAUUUUAUAUGAUAUUUAACAGAAGUAGCAUUUUCUUACUGGAUUUUUGUGGUUUUUAAGGAUUCUUCUCGUUUUCAUUUUUGAUUCAGUCUUUGUUACUUGUUUCGGGAUAAUUUUAAACAUUUUUAAAGGUAUGAAUGUCAACUAUUCUGCAGUUCAUCUUUAUUCUUACAUCUUUUUUCACCACGUGUUACAAAGUGGGGCAAUAAUUUAAUAAAUGUGUCCCCAUUUUGUUUGUGGCACGUGGUUGACGGGAUACAUUUUACCUACCAAUGGUGUUGAACUAUUCCAGUGAUUGACAGGCGGCAGUUUUUAAGUACAAAUAAAUCUACUUUUCUAAUUCUGAGGUAUUUUAAUCUUCACCAACGCUAUUUGGUGAGAAACACUAAUGUAAACAGAACUUAAAUUAUUAGAAGAAAAUUCCACAGGUUAUCUUUAAAGUCUCAAAGAUGCAUACGCUGUCUUUCCUACAGAGACAGGGAUCCUAAGGACACAACUGUACACUUUGCACUUUAGUUCUGUAUCUGUAUGUUACAAUGUUCAUAAUAUAAUCUGGUGAAACAUUGCAGAUCUGCUGUUCUGUUCUGUCAUAUGCAUGCAGGCGAGGCAGUUUUUCUUCUGCACCAAAUAUUUCUUAUAAUAGGCCAAGUGUUGCAGACAGUUCUUGAUGUGUCACAUAUAAAUAAUGAGUCGAUUGUA